AGGCUAGGGCUGCUUUCUUCCCACCGCGUCCUUCCUUGUGUGUCGGAGAUAUAAAGCGAGUGCACCGGAAAAGAAGGGGAACUGGGUUGAUCUAUUCUAUGGCGAAGCAUCCGAAGCAUAACUGCACACUCACACGAUCUUUGCCGAGAGAUAGGAGCAUUCGGUGGAACCGGUGAACUACACUUGCUUCUGGAUAGAUGUGUGGGACAGAGGGCUCGUGGUACCUGCAGCCCACCCUUCCUCCUCUGCUUUGAGAACCGUGUGAACGGAGAGUGGGCAGAAGGGAAAGAGGUCCUCAUACGGAGUCGCACACUGACUUUUUCUGUGCGGGAGACUGGAGAAUGGGUCGAGUAAACUCCCCCGGGGCCGGCCGGCAAAAUCACAGACUCAGUGCUAUUUCUUUUUUCUUUAUUGAAUUUCAAAGGAGGCGCAAAGAAUAUUGCGAGGCAGAGGUAGUACUUCGAAUGGCGAAGAGAGGCGGCUCGGCAAAGAAGGAAAGAUGAUGACUUCUUUGUUGGCGAAACGAAGGGCUAAAUAGCGCCAUUCUCUGAGCCGGUCUGGAUUUCCAAUGCCUCGGGAAAGAGGUCGAUCUCGAUGACAAGACCUUUUUCUCUUCUUUAUUGGGUGCCUUCUUUUAGAAGUAGUCGGAAAGAGAAAGCCUAAAGAAGGAAGGAUCAUAUUCCAUAUAUCAGUCCAACAACAAAAGAAAGGGAAGGAGCAAAGAAUUUGCGAACAAGGUUCAAAGAAAGCUAAUAUGGAUAUAAACAAGUCCUUCGGACGACUAUCGAUGACGCUUUGCUUACCGGCUCAGGCUUCCAAAGGCGACCAGCUUGAAAUACCUUUUGUUACGUUACGCUGCCAUUGAUUUUUCCAAUCUCAUUGAAUAGCAUGGCCUGGGGUAACUUAAGUGGGAGAGCCGUGUUAUGGGUGACCUUAUUGCACGGUUCAGAGAGCACUUGUGUAUGUGAUGCAAGUGAACGUGUACGAAAAAGCUGUAGGAAAGUGAGUUCUUCGUUCCGUCGUCGACCCUAUCUAUGUUUCUACGAUGGCCCAAGAACACGCUCAUUCUUCAGCUGUAGAGAGACUUUUGAAUUGCGAGGUACCAUUACGAGCUCAAUAUAUACGAGUCUUAUUCCGUGAAAUCACUCGAAUUUCAAAUCAUUCACUUGCUUUAACUACUCAUGCUAUGGAUGUGGGAGCAUCAACUCCGUUCCUGUGGGCUUUUGAGGAGCGGGAGAAAUUAUUUGAAUUCUAUGAAAGAGUCUCGGGAGCCAGGAUGCAUGCCAGUUUCAUACGACCAGGUGGAGUGGCACAAGAUCUGCCUCUUGGCUUAUGUCGAGAUAUUGAUUCCUUCACACAACAAUUUGCUUCUCGUAUCGACGAAUUAGAAGAGAUGUCAACCGGCAACCGUAUCUGGAAACAACGAUUAGUGGAUAUUGGUACUGUCACUGCACAGCAAGCAAAGGAUUGGGGAUUCAGUGGUGUAAUGUUAAGAGGUCGUGCGACAUGAAGACAUUGAUAGCAAUAUGGGGGAAGUUCCCAUCAGGCAACAAGGGUUCUGCCUGACCCUACUUAAGCAUGCAUAUUAUGUCAGUGAAGACUUGGUGUGAAGCCUUGGAGCUGACGUUAGAAGAGCAAAAGGCCCGGGGCUAGGGUAAGCU